UUUAUAUUUCGUUGUAAAAGUAUGUAAAAAGUUUAAUAUAUUGUAACCAAAGACUUAGCAAUGAACAGAGUUAAAUAUGAAAUUGAAUGCAAAGUAUCUCCCGCCAACGUUAUCUACAGCCAAUCGUCGCGCGCAUUUGGCGUGAGCGCUCGUCAUUGGCUAGCUUGUUCUAUACACACACGCAAGCUUGACAGUCAUAUGGUUACUAUCUAUAGUUAUCCAUAGCAAUUACAGACAAUUGACAGAUCGGUCGCUGUGGCUAAUAGAAGUAAACAAGGGGGACUGGUGGUGGGACUGGUGGGAGUUAAAACGAUGACACACUUGACAAUACUAUGCGUUUGAUGAUAACAUACGGUUAUACAUUAUCUUUGAUAUAUAAGCCUCAACUGUCUUCUCUUUGCUGUUCCUUUGUGUGACAUAGGUAGGAUAAGACACGUUGAAUCACAGCAGAAGCAAGAUGCUUUGGCAUAUUGUGUUCGUGAUCUUAUCUUUUUCAUCUGCUGUGUUUUCUACUGUAGUACAUUAUCAGCCAGAAGCUGUGCAUCUUUCCUACGGUGAUAACAUUCACGAUAUUGUUGUCACUUGGAGCACAAAAAAUGAUACAAGAGAAUCGAUAGUGGAGUAUGGUAUAGGUGGCUUUGUUCUGCGAGCUGAAGGAAAUUCUACUCUUUUUGUCGAUGGUGGUAAAAAAAAACAAAAGCAAUAUAUCCACAGAGUGUGGCUAAAGAAUUUAACGCCCAACAGCAAAUAUAUAUAUCAUUGUGGUAGUCAUCAUGGAUGGUCAAAUGUGUUUUAUAUGAGAACUGUACCCAAAGACUCUACAGAUUGGUCACCACAAAUAGUUAUCUUUGGUGAUAUGGGUAAUGAAAAUGCACAAAGUUUGUCACGGCUGCAGGAAGAAACAGAACGUGGUUUAUAUGACACUGCUAUUCAUGUUGGUGAUUUCGCUUAUGACAUGAAUACAGAAGACGCACGUGUAGGAGAUGAAUUUAUGCGACAAAUUGAAUCUAUUGCUGCUUAUAUACCAUACAUGACUGUACCUGGCAAUCACGAAGAAAAAUAUAAUUUUAGCAAUUAUAGAGCUCGAUUUACUAUGCCAGGUAAUUCAGAAGGCUUGUGGUAUAGCUUUAAUAUAGGUCCUGUACAUUUUGUAGCUAUAGAAACUGAAGCUUAUUAUUUUAUGAAUUAUGGUAUAAAACAACUGGUUAAACAAUAUGAAUGGUUGGAUAAAGAUCUACGAGAAGCUAAUAAACCUGAAGUAAGAGCUCAACGUCCAUGGAUAGUAUCAUUUGGACAUAGACCAAUGUAUUGCAGUAAUAAAAAUGCAGAUGAUUGUACUAACCAUGAGAGUCUAGUUAGAGUUGGAUUGCCAUUUUUAAAUUGGUUUGGAUUGGAAGACCUAUUUUUCAAACAUAAAGUAGAUUUAGAAAUCUGGGCGCACGAACAUAGUUACGAAAGGCUGUGGCCUAUGUAUAACUUUCAAGUGUACAAUGGUAGUUACGAAGAACCAUAUACAAAUUACAAAGCACCUGUACAUAUAGUUACUGGAUCAGCUGGUUGUAAAGAAGGUCGAGAGAAAUUUAUUUCAAAUCCACCGGCAUGGUCCGCAUUUCGUAGCUCAGAUUAUGGAUAUACAAGAAUGAAGGCGUUCAACAAAACUCAUUUAUAUCUAGAACAGGUAUCUGAUGAUAAGGAUGGUGCUGUUUUAGACAGAGUUUGGCUCGUGAAAGAGAAAUCUUUACCACAGUAUGUAGAAGCUUUUCCUAUAAAUUAAUGUAACAAUAAUUUUAAUUAGCGCCAUACUACAAACCAAAAUAGCCACAUUAAAAAGAGACAUUUAUCGAAUCGUACUGUCAUAGUAAAUAAGAAAUUUCUUUUACUUCGGCUGUGUAUUGUACGUAUAAUUGUAAUUCGAAUUUGGUACACAUUUUACGUAGCGAACAUACUAUGGACGAAAUGUAUACAGAAACAAUAAAAUGCGUGAUAUUUACGUA